CGCGUCGUCACCAGCUGAAUGGGCGGCGGCGGAGCAUGUGUGUGUGUGGCUGAGGCUGCUGCUCACCAGGGACGCAGAGAGUGCAUGCCUCUCCCGGGUCGGACCGUGAAGCCGGCGAGGACGUGGAGGCAGCGGAGGAGGGGAAGAGCAGCCGGAGACAGACUGGCAUCCCUCUCGGGAGCUUAAGGGCCCCGGCUCGGCCGGGGUUAUGGCAUCGCUUGCGGACCGAAUGCGAGGCAACGGGCGCAUCGCCGCUGGGCUCCUGCUUAACCUGCUGGUGUCCAUCUGCAUCGUGUUCCUAAACAAAUGGAUCUAUGUGCACCACGGCUUCCCUAACAUGAGCCUGACCCUGGUGCACUUCGUGGUCACCUGGCUGGGCUUGUACAUCUGCCAGAAACUGGACAUCUUUGCCCCCAAGAGUCUGCCGCCUUCCAAACUCCUCCUCCUGGCCCUCAGCUUCUGUGGCUUCGUGGUCUUCACCAAUCUCUCUCUGCAGAACAACACCAUAGGCACCUAUCAGCUGGCCAAGGCCAUGACCACGCCGGUCAUCAUAGUCAUCCAGACCCUGUGCUACAAGAAAACCUUCUCUACCAAAAUACAGCUCACGCUGAUUCCUAUAACUUUAGGUGUAAUCCUAAAUUCUUAUUACGAUGUGAAGUUUAAUUUCCUUGGAAUGGUGUUUGCUGCUCUUGGUGUUUUAGUUACAUCCCUUUAUCAAGUGGAGGAAGACAGGAAGGCGCUGAACAGACAGUGGUCGUUGAUAGAGACCCCAGAAGCCUUUUGGAGAAGGAAUCAGCAGGACCUGACUGAAUGUGGAAUGACGAAAUCCCUGCAGAUUGUGUGAGUUAAGGCGUCCAGCAAGCUGUGGAAGUUUGAGCACGCCCUGAGGAGGAGGUCAGAGCUGGAGAGGUCUUCGGGUGUCAGUGACGUCAGUCAGGGAGAUAAAAGAGAAAAAAGGCCAGACGUCUACCUUAAAAAUAGUAAAUGGAGGAAGAGGUAAGUGAGUGCAAACCAGAAAUCAAGUUCUUCCACGAGAAACCUGUCAGGUCUGUCGAGAGCCCCCACAGGAAGAAGGCAGAGGGGUGGCCACUGGGUGUGGCUGUUGGAGGUGACGGUGCCCUUUGGGAGAGCAGUUUCAUUCACGGUGGGCAGAAGCCAGGGUGCACUGCAGUGAGGGAAAGUGGAGGCCCUGAGAGUUGCCACCCUUCCAGGCGGUUCAAUGUCAGAGACGUGCAGCUGCCUCGUGAGGUUGCUGAAAGAACCGAGGAGCGGGCAUCCAUGCUCUGCACUCAUUUUUGCUCUCUGCAGCACCCCCGGGAGCGGGCAGCAGAAGAAUCGAUUCUUUGUCCUUCAUAUUCACAGAAGACUCUUAGUUGAGGCUGGCAGGGGUAUGUUUCAAAUUUCCUGCUCUUCUAUUUUUGUCUUGGUGAAUUUCUAUAGACUUCGCGUUUGUGUAACAGGAUACCCAGAUCUACAGGAAAAAGAAUUAUGUAGGAGUAGUUAUUCAAAAGCCUGGCUGUUCUCUGCCAGAUCUUAUUCAAACGGUCUGGUCAAGCUUUCUUGAAAGUCUCCUUUUGAUUCAUAUUUGUGCAACAUUUUGAGGGCUGAUGGGAUCUGAGGUUUCGAGGUGUUGGUUCUCCUGAAUGAUGUAGUCUUGGAAAAGGGUUUGUGACUAUAUAAUUUCUUCCAGGGCAUCAGUGCGAGAUUAGCCACAGAAAAAUCAGUCAUCAAGAGGAAAAUUCCUUCUGCCAUUGAUUGGGUUUUCUAAAGUGGAUGAAAAGACCUCACAUACUUUUCUAGCUACACACACUGGCAGCCACCUGGGACAGCUGAGGUUUCUGUCAAUCCCUAGUUAGUCUGCCCUGCCCACCCCCCAUCUUCUCUUGCCUGGGGUGGGGGUGGGGGGAGUUUUAGAAACAAAUGAAGUCUAACACUGUAUUUCUGGUUCCUGCUAAUCACCUAAAUCUCCAUUCCCGUCUCUUUCCCAAGAUCUCUGAUACUCCUGGGCCCCUGCGUGCAUUCUUUGAUUCCCCCCAUUUACUAGGGCCAGCAGGGAAGAGAGGACUCUUUUUUCUCUCUCUUCAAAGCUGAGAAGAAAACAGAUUGUCACGUAUUGAAUUUGUAAAGCUCCUUUCAUCCAGGGUGCUUAAAGGACAUUCGUAUAUAUUAUUGAUCUUUGGCAUCAAGUAGAAUAAUCAGGGGUUUCCUCUUCCCCCCACCCCCGAGCACUCCCCCCAACCCGCCCCGCCAGGUCCCCAUCCUUGUGACUAGAGUUGCAUCAUUUGUUUACUAAGUGAUGCUAUUUUUUUCUAUCUAACUUGUUUUGUCUCCUAAUUUUCAGUGGGUAGGAGCCAAACAGCAUGAAUUGCAAGUGAACUCAAUGCAGCUGUUGUACUACCAGGCUCCGAUGUCCUCCGCCAUGUUACUGGUGGCCGUGCCCUUCUUUGAGCCCGUGUUUGGAGAAGGGGGAAUAUUUGGCCCCUG